AUGUAUGAGUAUCCCAAAGAAGCUGUUGACAAAGCGAAACUCGUCAGCGAGCACAUCGACUCUUGCGCCCAGGCAAGUUGCUCAGCAGGAGUCGAGUCGCAAGAUGCGUCAUCUAUGAGAUUGUAUUAUGCCUCUUACUGUAUGGAAAAUGGAUACACGGCGGAUGUGAUGACAGAGUGGUACACGGGUACUGUCAUUGCGGAGGCUACAAAGACAGAUAACAAUGUAUGGGGAUGGUCUUCAGCGACGAGUACUGGUAGAAGAAGCGAAUUAUUUGAUGACGAUGAGCGGGAAUCUUUGGUUGAAAAGGGUCGGAAAGAAGACAGCGGCGCAAAAGUGAGGGCUGUUGAUUUACUUCUCCUCGGAGUGCCUCUGGCUGUAACUCUGUUUCAAUUGGUUUAG